UUCCACAGGAUGGUUCAGAAGAACAUCACAAUGUCCCACAGGAUGAUCAGAAGAUGAAGGGUAAAGAUCUGAACAAUAUUAAUCUUACAGAGACAUAUGUGAGGGAUGAUGAGCAGAGUAUAGAGGACAUUCCUGCAGAUAACAGCCCAGAUAACUGUGCCACAAGCUCAAAGGAACAUCUUAUAUCUUCAGAUUUUACAGAAAAUGAUUGUCGUAUCACCGAGGACACAUUUGAAGAGGAUACAGUUGUCCCACAUAUACCGGCCUCAACCUAUCAUAGCAACAAUCUAUCAUCCGUUCCUUUUCAAUGGAUCCGAUCUUUUGAUUCAUCACAGACUACUAAGCAAAACAAAGACCAACGAUGGGUUGAACAUCCAAGAACUCACACAAGAGAGAAGCCAUAUUCAUGUUCAGAAUGUGGAGAGUGUUUUAUGCAGAAAUCAGAUCUCAUUAAACAUCAUAGAAUUCACACAGGUGAAAAGCCAUUUUUGUGUUCACAUUGUGGGAAAUGUCUUAUCCAGAAAUCAGAUCUUAUUAAAUACCUAAGAUUUCACAUGGAUGAAAAGCCAUUUCCGUGUUUAGAAUGUGGGAAAUGUUUUACCCUGAAAUCAGCUCUUGUUAUUCAUCAGAGAAUUCACACAGGGGAGAGGCCAUAUCCAUGUUCAGAAUGUGACAAAUGUUUUACUCACAAAUCAGCUCUUAUUGCACAUCAGAGAAUUCACACAGGGGAGAAGCCAUAUUCAUGUUCAGAAUGUGACAGAUGCUUUACUUAUAAAUCAGCUCUUGUUGCCCAUCAAAUAACUCACACAGGCGAGAAGCCAUAUUCAUGUUCAGAAUGUGGGAAAUGUUUUACUAAUAAAUCAACUCUUGUUACACAUCGGAGAUGUCACACAGGGGAGAGGCCAUUUUCAUGUUCAGAAUGUGGGAAAUGUUUUAGUCAGAAAGCAGUUCUUGUUACACAUCAGAAAAUUCACACAGGAGAGAAGCCAUUUUCAUGCUCAGAAUGUGGGAAAUGUUUUACUCAAAAAUCAACUCUUCUUACACAUCAGAGACGUCACACAAAGAAGAAGCCAUUUUCAUGCCCAGAAAGAGUAAUGUAUUAAUUAGUGUUUAGAGAAUCAAAGUCCACAAAGUGGACUUUGAUUUGAAUUUCAGGGGAAGCUCGAUUAGUAGCAAGACCCAGUUUCCUUGUGCUUCGUGGUAUUGAAUCGAUUUUCCCUGAAAUGGUGUAAAAAACAAAAAAAACUUCAUCCAUUUGUUUGCGAUGGGCUGGUCGCUGCCAUCUUGAUUGAAGAUCUCGCAAGAAAUCCCAUGUACGGUGACGUAUGACGUCAUCAUGGGCCAAGCGAGAUUUCACGCCAGAUCUUCAAUCAAGAUACCGGCGGCCAGCCUGUCGCAAGCAAAUUGAUGAGGUAAGUAUGAUUUAAUUUUUAUUUAUUUUUUAUUUUACACUGUAUUAUUACUUUCAGGUGCCUAGUAAU